GGGGCCCGGCGGGGGGCGGCCAAGCUGGGCGCCCUCCCCCGGCGCUGAGUCCCCGCGCCCCGGAGGGAUGGGGCGGGCGGCUACGGUCGCCUAAAAUGCCGGCCAUGCGGGGACUCCUGGCGCCGCAGAACACCUUCCUGGACACCAUCGCCACGCGCUUCGACGGCACGCACAGUAACUUCGUGCUGGGCAACGCCCAGGUGGCGGGGCUCUUCCCCGUGGUCUACUGCUCUGAUGGCUUCUGCGACCUCACGGGUUUCUCCCGGGCUGAGGUCAUGCAGCGGGGCUGCGCCUGCUCCUUCCUCUAUGGGCCAGACACCAGUGAGCUCGUCCGCCAGCAGAUCCGCAAGGCCCUGGAUGAGCACAAGGAGUUCAAGGCUGAGCUGAUCCUGUACCGGAAGAGCGGGCUCCCGUUCUGGUGUCUCCUGGAUGUGAUCCCCAUAAAGAAUGAGAAAGGGGAGGUGGCCCUCUUCCUGGUCUCUCACAAGGACAUCAGUGACACCAAGAACCGAGGGGGCCCAGACAACUGGAAGGAGAGAGGUGGUGGCCGUCGCCGAUAUGGCCGGGCAGGAUCCAAAGGCUUCAAUGCCAACCGGCGGCGGAGCCGGGCUGUGCUCUAUCACCUGUCUGGGCACCUGCAGAAGCAGCCCAAGGGCAAGCACAAGCUCAAUAAGGGCGUGUUUGGGGAGAAGCCAAACUUGCCCGAGUACAAAGUAGCCGCCAUCCGGAAGUCACCCUUCAUCCUGCUGCACUGUGGGGCGCUGAGGGCCACUUGGGACGGCUUCAUCCUGCUUGCCACCCUCUACGUGGCCGUGACCGUGCCCUACAGCGUGUGCGUGAGCACAGCCCGGGAGCCCAGCUCGGCCCGCAGCCCCCCCAGCGUCUGCGACCUGGCCGUGGAGGUCCUCUUCAUUCUCGACAUUGUGCUGAAUUUCCGCACCACGUUCGUGUCCAAGUCAGGCCAGGUGGUGUUCGCCCCAAAGUCUAUUUGCCUCCACUACGUUACCACCUGGUUCCUGCUGGAUGUCAUCGCGGCGCUGCCCUUCGACCUGCUCCACGCCUUCAAGGUCAACGUGUACGUCGGGGCCCACCUGCUGAAGACGGUGCGGCUGCUGCGCUUGCUGCGCCUGCUCCCGCGGCUGGACCGCUACUCGCAGUACAGCGCCGUGGUGCUGACCCUGCUCAUGGCUGUGUUCGCCCUGCUCGCCCACUGGGUGGCCUGCGUCUGGUUCUACAUCGGCCAGCGGGAGAUUGAGAGCAGCGCAUCUGAGCUGCCCGAGAUCGGCUGGCUGCAGGAGCUGGCCCGCCGACUGGAGACCCCCUACUACCUGGUGGGCCGGAGCCCAGCUGUCGGGAACAGCUCUGGCCAGAGUGACAACUGUAGCAGCGGCAGCAGCGAGGCCAACAGGACGGGGCUGGAGCUCCUGGGCGGCCCGUCGCUGCGCAGCGCCUACAUCACCUCCCUCUACUUCGCACUCAGCAGCCUCACCAGCGUGGGCUUCGGCAACGUGUCCGCCAACACGGACACAGAGAAGAUUUUCUCCAUCUGCACCAUGCUCAUCGGCGCCCUGAUGCACGCGGUGGUAUUUGGGAACGUGACGGCCAUCAUCCAGCGCAUGUACGCCCGCCGCUUUCUGUACCACAGCCGCACCCGCGACCUGCGUGACUACAUUCGCAUCCACCGCAUCCCCAAGCCCCUCAAGCAGCGCAUGCUCGAGUACUUUCAGGCGACCUGGGCCGUGAACAACGGCAUCGACACCACCGAGCUGCUGCAGAGCCUCCCAGACGAGCUCCGUGCAGACAUUGCCAUGCACCUGCACAAGGAGGUCCUGCAGCUGCCCCUGUUUGAGGCAGCGAGCCGCGGCUGCCUCCGGGCGCUCUCCCUGGCCCUGCGGCCCGCCUUCUGCACGCCCGGCGAGUACCUCAUCCACCAAGGCGACGCUCUCCAGGCCCUCUACUUCGUCUGCUCCGGCUCCAUGGAGGUGCUCAAGGGCGGCACGGUGCUUGCCAUCCUAGGGAAGGGUGAUCUGAUCGGCUGUGAGCUGCCCCGGCGCGAGCAGGUGGUCAAGGCCAAUGCCGACGUCAAGGGGCUGACGUACUGCGUCCUGCAGUGUCUGCAGCUGGCGGGGCUGCAUGAGAGCCUCGCACUGUACCCCGAGUUUGCCCCACGCUUCAGCCGGGGACUCCGGGGGGAGCUCAGCUACAACCUGGGUGCUGGCGGAGGCACCGCAGAGGCGGACACCAGCUCCCUGAGUGGCGACAACACCCUCAUGUCCACGCUGGAGGAGAAGGAGACAGACGGGGAGCAGGGCCCCACGGCCUCACCAGCCCCAGCUGAUGAGCUCUCCAGCCCCCUGUUGUCCCCCGGCUGUACCUCCUCGUCCUCAGCUGCCAAGCUGCUGUCACCACGUCAAACUGCGCCCCGGCCCCGUCUGGGUGGCAGAGGGAGGCUGGGCAGGGCCGGGGCUUCGCAGGCUGAGGUUGGCCCCUCUGCUCGCCCUCGGAGCAUAGAGGGGCUGCGGCUGCCCCCUGUGCCGUGGAAUGUGCCCCCGGAUCUGAGCCCUAGGGUAGUAGAUGGCAUUGAGGACGGCUGUGGGUCUGACCAGCCCAAGUUCUCUUUCCGUGUCCAGUCUGGCCCAGAAUGUAGCAGCAGCCCCUCCCCUGGACCAGAGAACGGCCUGCUCACUGUCCCGCUCGGGCCCAGCGAGGCAAGAAACACAGACAUGCUGGACAAGCUUCGGCAGGCGGUGAUGGAGCUGUCUGAGCAGGUGCUGCAGAUGCGGGAAGGACUGCAGUCGCUUCGCCAGGCCCUACAGCUUGUCCUGGCGCCCCAUGGGGAGGGCCCGUGCCCUCGGGCGUCGGGAGAGGGGCCAUGCCCGGCCGGCACCUCUGGGCUCCUACAGCCUCUGUGUGUGGACACUGGGGCGUCCUCCUACUGCCUGCAGCCCCCAGCUGGCUCUGUCUUGAGUGGGACCUGGCCCCACCCUCGGCCAGGUCCUCCUCCCCUCACAGCACCUUGGCCCUGGGGCCCCCCAGCAUCUCAGAGCUCCCCCUGGCCUCGAGCCACAGCUUUCUGGACCUCCACCUCAGACUCAGAGCCCCCUGGCUCAGGAGAACUCUGCCCUGAGCCCAGCACCCCUGGCUCACCACCUCCUGAGGAAGGGGCUAGGACUGGGCCCCUGGAGCCCGUGAACCAGGCUGAGGCCACCAGUACUGGAGAGCCCCCGCCAGGGUCAGGGGGCCUGGCCUUGUCCUGGGACCCUCAUAGCCUGGAGAUGGUGCUUAUUGGCUGCCACGGCUCUGGCACAGUUCAGUGGACCCAGGAAGAAGGCACAGGGGUUUGACGGCCAGCCCCGGAACUCAGUGUUGCCAGACAUGCUGCCAUCUGCUGCUCUGCCCAACCUUGGGGUGGAAGAAGCGCAGCAGCCAACCCCUGGGACUCCGUGCUGCCUGCUGGCUCAGGGCAGGGAGCCUGAGAGCCAAGGGGGGCCUGGCCCCCAACUCUCACAGAGGGUGAGCUGGAGCCUCAGGGGCAGGCCCCGGGCUAGGAGUCUUCGGGGCCUACUCCUGGGGCCCCUCCUCAGCCUGCUCCUCUGACCUCGUCUCCCUCUGCAGGCUGGGGGAAAGAGGUCUGAGGCUAAGGAGGGGUUCUGCCAUCCCCUGCAUGUGCCCCCGUCUCACCUGUCCCCUCCAUUUUUUAUAUUAAAAA